UUUGAUUUGGUUUUCCAACUAAAAUCAGGGUUUAAGUCUCACAUUGCCCCCUUUCUUCACAUAAUGUACUCAUUCACACUAUAAAGGGUAACCAAUUCGUUCCUUUUUCUCUAAUCCUUUCAAUCCAAACACGAAUUCUAAAUUUUUGCUUUGGUUGAAGUCGAUCAAUUGCGCCAAUGGAUCUGUCUCCACAUGUGGACGAUUGCAUUAAACAAACCAUCGACCAUUCCUUAGGGAUUCCCAUACCGGCGGAAACCCUAGAGGCCAAGCUUCGAGCUUCUCAAGACUCGCAGUGGCGUCUCCGCGAAUGUCUGCGUUCAGUUAAACCCCAAUUGGAGCGUAAAGACCGCCUCAUCAACUGCUUCAAGUCUGAAGCGAGUAUGAACGCGCAAGCUCUGAAGAAAUUCGUGGAGGAGAAUCAUAGACUGGCACUGGAGUGUGAUAAGUUGGUUGCCCAACGCUGUCGGUUGGAGAAUGAGUGCGCGCUGUAUGAUAAGGACAGGGAAGCGUUGAUGGAAUUCGGGAACGAUGCUGAUGAACGGGCACGGGAGGCGCAAUCCCAGGUUCUCGAUUUGCAACAAGAUUUGCUCUUUAUGCAUAAUGAAGUGCAGAAAUAUAAGCAGAAUCAUGAAUUGUCUUCUGCUUGUCCGCCUGAAGAAACUAAUUUACUCGGUUCUGUUUUGGCAUCACUUAUUACUAGAGAUGACGAUGCUACAUAUGCAUUUUUCCAAGCAAACAGUGAGAAUGAGUCCUGUAAGAAGUUGCUGAAUGUUUGGAAGGGCUUGAGUCCAUCUACUCUGAGUAUUUUGUCACUUGUUGCCAAAGUGAAGUCACUUGAGAAGGACAAGGAGCAUCUGAGAACUAACCUUCACAAAGCGGAGGAGGAGGUCAAAGUACUGUUUAAUGAAAAUAAUGUAUUGGAAAAGGAGAACAAAAGGUUACUGAUGCUAUACAAGGAAAGGAACCAUCCUGAUUCUGCUGAGAAACAUACCAACAGUCCAUCAGCCAAGUCUAACAAGAGAAAGUCUGUCAGUCCCAGGACAAAUAGCCCAAUGAGGAACUUUGAUUUGGACGAUCAAGAUUUAGCUAGACAGCCUUUGUCUCCCUUACGACAUAACUCCCCGGACUGUAGGAUGCGUAAGAAGUAACGUCAUAUACUAUUAGGAUUUGGUUUGACGUUGAAGACUGGAAACUGUCAAACACACAUCCCUUAAGCUUAAUGCACAGUGAGUUUAUAUGAUGUAUAAAGUAACAACAGUGUUUCUGAUUUAGCAACUCUUAUUUUAGUUUACA